AUGAACCCUCAUCAGAAAAACAAGGUUGAUGUCAAGUCCCUCUCCCCUGAGGAGCAGCGACUCUUCCGACUAUACGGCAAACUCCCCUCUCGAUCCGAUCACUUUGCGAAACAUCUCAAGGACCGAAAAUACUUCGAUUCGGGCGAUUAUGCCAUGUCCAAAGCCGGAAAAGGCGAUGGUGUAGACGCAGGCGCUGUCGGCUCUCAGCAUCCCGUUCCCGAAAACAUCCCCCAUCUGUCGUCCCCCAUUAACAACGGAGCGAGCAUUCCAAAGCACGGCCAUCAUGGCUCAAUUGCGGGCAUUCAAGCGGGCAGCCCAGUCAAGGAGAGCAGCUUCUUGAAUCGCGAAACCAGCGCAGAGGAGAGUUCUAGCACGGGCGAUGGCACAACGUCAUCUACCGAUAAGGAAAAUACAUCAGUUACUUCGGCGCCGCUACAGUCCAAUGAGGGUAUUCCUAUUCGGCGAUAG